GGGACGGGACCUCACGUGACGAGAUAAAAAGCGAAAUAUUGAUGCAAUAUUUGGUGUAAUGGUUAGAGCUGUGCGCUAUUAGUGCAUGUGAUCAAUCAACUUCAUUCAGCUUUGGGUGGGCUUCUGUGGUGUAAGUGGCAAAUGCAGCGAAAGGGGCCAAGGGAUUCCUGUCUUGAUCCGGCUUUCCCAUGCCCAUAGACCCUUACGGAUAUUUGACGGACGAUGAAAUGACGUCUUUCUCUCUCUCUUUUUUCUUCUUUUUUUCUUUGCUUCUUCUUCCGUCUGUUUGGUAGACCGAAGGGUUAGUCGUCAUCUCCACCGAGUAAAUUCCGUCCGCAUUUCAACCGCCUGCAAAACAAAGGACUUCCAUGCCAUCGCUCCUGACGAUCCCGCCCGAGCUGCGCGAUCAAAUCCUCAAGGAAGUCCUCUUCCCCCCGGAACGCGAAUGCCCGGACUCCCCCACCGCCAGCCAAGACCGCACCAGGCGAGUGUACCGGUCCUGUGGCGGCGGCGACGCCACCGACUACCACGACGGCCACGACGUCUGGGUGCCCAGCACGCCCUUCGCCGCCCCAGCCCCCCACCCCCGCGCCGUCCUGCUCGUCAACCGCCAGCUCUACGACGAAGCGUCCGCCCUCCUGGCCAAAGCCGCCCACCGCGAGACCCAACACCGGCUGGACCUCAUGUACGUGAGGGAAUGCGGCCUCCCGUCGCCGCAUACGGUGAAGAGGCUCGUCUUCGAUGUGGCCGUCCCGCCUCGCGGCACGCUGGACGAAAACCUCGGCUUCCCGCGGGGGUCCGCCCAGGCCGUCAUGAUAGAGGCGUUCUGGAGGGGGGACGUCUCGCCGCACUGGCCGCGCCCGCCGCGGGGCGAGACACACCGCAUGGUGGCUGAGAAGAUCUUGGGCGUAAGUUGCAAUUCUGGACCGGUUUCUGUUUGUCGUGUUGGUAGGUAGGGUGCGGCAUGCGUUUUGUUCGUUGGUUUGCUUUGCUUUUGUCUUGCUUGGCUUCUGACUGUCGGCUGGGAUUGUGAUGGGGAAGCAAGCGGCGCAACAUGGCGUUUAGCAUCGGCAGCAUUGUACUUGAACGGCGCAUCGUCU